AUGCCGAUUAUCAACGGAUACAAGUACUCCUGUGAACCAUGCAUUCGCGGCCACCGAGCAACAUCAUGCACCCACACGGACAGAAUCCUCAUUGAAGUCCGCAAACCGGGCCGUCCGCUCGAGAGCUGUGGACAUGAGUUCGAUACCUGCACUUGCGGAAGACUUCGAGACAUCGGUUUUUUUAUUGAUGAUGUUCCAACACAUCCUAGCUUCAUCCCUGAGACCCAAGCAAGGUCAAUGACAUCUCCAACAACGGCGACAGCAAAAACGACGCAAGCCAAGGCUCGUUCGCGAGAGAAGCCUAAGAGAAGCAAACGACCAAGUAGGAAAACCUCCGCUGUUUCACAAGGCGAGGGGUCGAGGAAGAUGGAAGAAGGUUCAACAACUCAGCCUAUCGAUCAAACGCCAACUAUCCCCCAAGAACAGAGGUCAUCUUCCGUAUAUUCCCCCUUGAAUUCUCCUCCGUCUUCGAUGUGGUUUGGAUCGACGAACUCCACUGGGCAAGGAAUGGUCCCAGGUAUGGUCGAGGAUAUAACCAUGGGAUCCAACCCGUCGUUACAGCAGCCAGAGGCGCAAUCCGAGGAUCAGACAUAUACUCGCUUGCAGUAUAUGAUGCCAGGUCAGGAACAGACGUGGAGACCUAUGCGUUAG